CAGCCGGCGCGGGCCGGACCGCCCGCCCGCCCGCCUCCUCCUCCUCCUCCUCAGACCCGCACGGAUCUUCUCUGGCUCUCUCGGGCCGGCGCCGGAGGGUCAGGGUCUCCCGGGCCGGUCGGCGGUGGGACGGGUCAGGUCUAGGGAGCAGGAUGAAGUACAUCCUGGUGACCGGCGGGGUGAUCUCGGGGAUCGGGAAGGGGAUCAUCGCCAGCAGCGUGGGCACGAUCCUCAAGGCCUGUGGCCUGCACGUCACCUCGAUUAAGAUUGACCCGUAUAUCAACAUCGACGCCGGGACUUUCUCUCCCUACGAGCACGGGGAGGUGUUUGUGCUGGACGACGGCGGGGAGGUGGACCUGGACCUGGGGAACUAUGAACGUUUCCUGGACAUCCGCCUCACGAAGGACAACAACCUGACCACCGGCAAGAUCUACCAGUAUGUCAUCAACAAGGAGCGCAAAGGCGACUACCUGGGAAAGACGGUACAAGUGGUGCCUCACAUCACGGAUGCCAUCCAGGAGUGGGUGAUGCGGCAGGCGCUCAUUCCUGUAGACGAGGACGGUGUGGAGCCACAAGUGUGCGUCAUUGAGCUCGGGGGGACGGUGGGAGACAUCGAGAGCAUGCCGUUCAUCGAGGCCUUUCGCCAGUUCCAGUUCAAAGCCAAGAGAGAGAACUUCUGCAAUAUCCACGUCAGCCUGGUCCCCCAGCCGAGCUCCACGGGCGAGCAGAAGACAAAGCCGACCCAGAACAGCGUACGGGAGCUCAGAGGCCUCGGCCUGUCCCCGGACCUGGUUGUGUGCAGGUGCUCGAACCCUCUCGACACAUCCGUCAAGGAGAAGAUUUCCAUGUUUUGCCAUGUUGAGCCCGAGCAGGUGAUCUGCGUCCAUGACGUCUCCUCCAUCUACCGCGUGCCCCUGCUGCUGGAGGAGCAGGGCGUGCUGGACUAUUUCCUGCACCGGCUGGACCUCCCUGUGGAGAGGCAGUCCAGAAGGAUGCUCAUCAAGUGGAAGGAGAUGGCUGACAGGUACGACCGGUUGUUGGAGACCUGCUCCAUCGCCCUCGUUGGCAAAUACACCAAGUUCUCGGACUCGUACGCCUCGGUCAUCAAGGCCCUGGAGCACUCUGCCCUGGCCAUCAACCACAAACUGGAAAUUAAGUACAUCGAUUCUGCCGACCUGGAGCCCAGCACGCUGCAGGAGGAGCCCGUGCGCUAUCACGAGGCCUGGCAGAAACUCUGCAGUGCCGACGGCAUCCUGGUUCCAGGAGGGUUUGGUGUUCGUGGGACCGAAGGGAAGAUCCAAGCCAUCUCCUGGGCCCGGAAACAGAAGAAGCCCUUCCUGGGCGUUUGUUUAGGGAUGCAACUGGCCGUCGUCGAGUUUUCUCGCAACGUCUUAGGAUGGCACGAUGCAAAUUCAACAGAAUUUGACCCUAAAACAAGUCAUCCAGUGGUGGUGGAUAUGCCGGAGCACAACCCUGGUCACAUGGGGGGGACCAUGAGGCUCGGCAAACGCAGGACCCUGUUCCAGACCAAGACCUCCAUCAUGAGGAAGCUGUACGGCGACCACGAUUUCCUGGAGGAGCGACACCGACACCGCUUUGAGGUGAAUCCAGUCUUGAAGAACUGCCUGGAGGAGCAGGGCUUGAAGUUCGUUGGCCAAGAUGAGGAAGGAGAGCGGAUGGAGAUCGUGGAGCUGGACGACCACCCGUUCUUCGUCGGCGUCCAGUACCACCCCGAGUUCCUGUCCAGGCCCAUCAAGCCCUCCCCACCGUACUUUGGCCUCCUGCUAGCCUCCGCCGGGCGACUUUCCCACUUCCUCCAGAAGGGCUGCAGGCUCUCUCCCAGGGACACCUACAGCGACAGAAGUGGGAGCAGCUCCCCCGACUCUGAAAUCACAGAGCUAAAGUUUCCAUCAGUCAGUCAAGAUUAGAGCCAGGCUCUCCCCACCACCCCAGAAAGUGGCACAGCCUGGGGACAGUGGAGUGGAAGACUGCAGAUGAGCUCUGCUUAAACGGGCCCGCGUCGGAGCAGCAGCUCACAGCUGUUUGUGUCUCUGUGCUUGUGUGCCCGUGUCUGUGCCAGUAUCCGUGUCCGUGCCCAGGGCCCGCGCCCUCCAGAUGCUCUGGCAGCGCCGGGAGUUCAUGUCGACGCAUCCUUCGGCCUGGAUGUUCCUCCUCCGAUAUGAUGUUUUUAUCCCAUGACCUCCCUGCCGCUCCGCUGUUUUCUGUGCCCCUUGCCUGCACCUCUCUCGGAUACCGCUCCGAGGUGCUGCUUCUGCCCGGGUUCUGGGGCCCUGAUUCCCAAGAGGUGACAGCAGUGGUGGUGGUAGAAGGCUGCGGGGGCCAGCCCCAACCCCCAGUCACACAGUAUUUAUGGCUCCCUGGUGUGCCAGCAGGCAGGCACAGUAGCUAUCAAUUGUGGGGAUUGCCAGGCUGCAGUGCCACGCCCGCACGGGCUGGCCUGGCUGCGAGGUGACACAGACUCCUUGCAUCGAGGGCGCCUCACGGGUGAGACCUGUCUCCCGGUUCUGCUGGCCGCUCACCCGCCCGCGUCCCCCUCGCCCCCCACAUUCCCGGCCAAGCGUCUGCAUGGAGACACAGAGGAAAGGCGGCCUUCGUAGCGAGAUCCUGGGCCGGCAUCAGGCCGCUGGCCUCCGUAUCCCCGCUCACGGGACGUAGGUCCUGGUAAUGGACCAAAUAAAAAGCCUGGCUGGGCCACACGCA